UUCAGGUUUCCGAAGUGCUCGGAUCAGGACAGGGUUCUGAUGUUUAUCGCGUUAGCGUCGUUAAUCCAUCCGACCAAGAGCACGAUGAAACUCUAGAAGCUUUUGAAGGUGAGAGCAUGGAACGAGGCCUGCCAGAUGAAGAAGAUGUGCACAUCGAUCACUCAGACGUUGCAGGCAGCGACGGACAAAAUCUGGGGACACGGAGUCGUAGCAUAGUUAGCAUUGAGGGCGAGCCGGUGGACCAGAAUGGUGAAGCGCCUUCGAGACGGCCGCAAGGCGUCGCCAGCUUAGCAUUGAUUAAGGCUCUUCAGUGAGUAUACUUAGCAAUGCGUCUGAGUGCUCCAGUCCAGCUCCUGUAACUACAUCGUUGGGAGCUUAGUGCGACGAGCCGCAGGUAUGCUAGCUUCAUUAGUGAUGCGAUAUAAGCAGCACGGCUUUCUCUCUAAACUGAAAUUUUUUGAGCCUCGAAAGUGGAUUGAAGCGGAUAUAGCUUCUGGCCGUCUAGAAAAUGUAGACCAGAGUGUGGUGCGCCAGUUUUUUCGUUGGGGGCGUGCGGGUAUGCGACACUUCCUUACUGGACUAGAGUUGCUUCCUGAUGGCGUAAUCGAGUACUUGUUAAGGCUGAGAAUUUCUCUUCAGUAUGCCGACUGAAUGACGAUGUCCGGAUGGUGCUACAACUACAACAUAACAAUCACAGCUUUUGUUCGUUCUUCUAUUCUAAGUAUGGUUAGCUUAUGGACUUUGGAAACGGUGUGUGCUUUCCUCCGGUGGACUUUGGGCUUGCCAUCGGAAACAAAUUUACAGGAAUUACUGGACCUGGCUCGAGGCAAAACAGUUGCGACGCCAACGAGCACCGCAAAUCAAAAUCAACAGCAUGAAGAAGCCUCAACGGCAGACGAGUCUGGUCCUUCAUCUAGCGCUCAAGCCAGCGUCGAGAGUGCGCCAGCAGCCAGUAGCAAUGGCGUAGUUACAGAGCCGG